CCUGCGGCAUAUAUCUCUACUUCCACAGACCCAUGGUUCAAUCUCUCUUACGAAGACUGGCUACUCCGGAAUACCCUUCAUAACCAACCAAUGCUGUUUCUCUACCGAAACGUACCUUGCGUCGUUAUCGGUCGUAAUCAAAACCCAUGGAAGGAAACGACACCUAGGAAAUUGAAAGAAUGGGGAAUACCUUUAAUCCGACGAAGAUCAGGAGGAGGGACAGUGUAUCAUGAUAUGGGCAAUACCAAUUUCUCAAUAUUCCUCCCACGUCUAUUAUUCACUCGAUCUCAUGGAGCUGAACUAAUCGCUCGAGCUAUCAGAAAUAGGAUAGGUGUGCAACAGUGCUGUGUGAAUUCAAGGAACGAUAUAGUUAUUCGAGAUGGUAUCAAUGACUUUAAAGUCUCCGGCUCAGCAUACAAAAUCAUCCAACAUAGAGCUUAUCACCACGGUACCAUGCUCAUCUCCUCUGAUACUUCUCUGCUCGGUAAAGCUCUCAAAUCUUCUUCCCCUGACAUGGAGACAAAAGGAAUCCCAUCUUAUCGAUCUCCAGUGACGACUCUCUCCAAGUACUCAUCUCAACCAAUAACGCAUGAAAAUUUCGUCUCUGCCGUGAUCGAAGAAUUCGAAGAUGUAUAUGGUUCUGGGGAAAACAUGGCCGUGAAGGAGAUUCGAGAGGAAGAAGUUGUGGAGAAAAAGGUUUGGGAAGGAAUCGAGGAGAUGAAAUCUUGGGAAUGGGAAUUCGGUCAAAAUCCAGAGUUUUCAAAUAUUUUGAAGGGUAGAUUAUCAUUUGGUAAUUUGACGGUGACUCUAUCUGCUCGACAUGCCCGUUUGACCCAGAUACAUUUCAGCCUCGACGAGUCGAACAAGUCGGAAAAUCUUCAGGCCUUCCUCAAGGCGCUGUCUGCGACAUUGAUAGGACAGAAAUACGAACUUCUCGAUUCUAUCAAUUUGCCCACUGAUUCCGCAUACGCAGGUCAUAAAUGGCGAAAAAUAUCAGAGGAGACCAUCACAUGGCUUCGAGCCACGAUGUGA